ACACUGGGUAUCUUGGUUUGAUUGUUAUUGGUGAUUCAGCUGCAGCGAAUUUCCAUAUUCCACCAGAGUGGGUAACAGCACGGCUGAUUUCUGGUAAGGUUUUUCAAAAUUUUUCCUUUAUCCUCGGAAAUGAGUUCGACUGGCCUCAGCUGUCUGGUUUUUCUGGAUACUUACGAGAGUCCAGGUAAGCUAGCUAAACAAGAGCCAUAAAUUAAUACAUGCCACUGACAUGUUACUCGAAACGGUUGCUAAACCCCCGUCUGAUGAGUAAACAUCCCGGGGGGGAGGGUAGUCAACAAAGUUUUAUACUGAGAGGCGCCCCACGAGGUCCGACCCCUUACCCUCUUAUGUAACAUUUUUGACUGCAAAGAUACCCCUUUCGUAUACCUUCAAAUGACAAAAGAUAUCCCUUUUAUAUUAACUAGUUUGGAAAUUUGCAUUCUGGCUUUAACUACUUAAAAUUCACUGUCUUCACAGCAUUAAAUUCGUCUUUCAUCCCUUUCGGGACUCGAAGGACCAAACAGACAGUUUUCCUUACCCUUUCCUGUGAUACUUCUAACCUUCAUGGGACGUGGGAGUCCCGUUUGUUCCUAUCCCCACUGGGAAGGUCACUCAAGCGAAGUUUGGUGGAAGGUGUGUCGCCGAGGUCUCCAAACCUCUUACCUUGUUUAAGACAAGAGACCUAAUUUCAUGACCCCGAUUCAUUUAGUUUCGCACUCAGAAUUAUGUAUUUUUUAAACUAACAUUACGGAAUUAGAUUUUUUUGAAAAAGCAUUGUACCAGACAUGUAGACCAUACAGGUCCUACCUUUACAUUCUUGUAAAGGUUUCCGUUCUAAAAAGACACCCUUUUCAGGACGCUAAGUAGUGAAUUCCGGGGUGUUCAGAUAGUAGAGUGCGGCGCGAAAAUAGAGAGCGGGCUCACUUUUUUCCCCAUCCCCACCGUCUGAAUACCCGGAACAGGCUAAAGAGUCAAAACCCUGACCCAUACCCUGUUGAGUGGCACAUACCCGUCUAGGCCAAAUAAGGAAGAGCCACCCCAACCUCCCCCCAACGGCGUCUUUGUUAGAUUCAAACGCCCGUGACACUUUUAGGAGAUGCGUUACUCAGUUUAAAUAAUUCUGAAGAUUGUAAUUUUAGCCCUCUAUCUGUAUUUCGCAAUUCCUCAUUACCAACUUCAACAGGAGUGUGUUUUCAACUUCCCAAAAGGAGGAAAUACCUCAAAGUUUUUGUUUUUUCUUUAGGUUGUUUCUAAGUACUUUCUGUUUGCUAGUUUUUUCUCAACUAAAUUUUGUCGAACCAUCACAAUCAUCACAUCCAUCACAAUCAUAUGAUGCGUUUGAAAAAUUUUCUCCUUAAAUCAAUUAAACUGGAUUUUGACGCUGAACCACCGUUUGGUGUUAAUAGUCUUUGCCCAGUAAUGCAUCAGUCAAUUCCAGCUGCGCCCAGCCCCCCACCCCCGCGCUACUGAGGGGCAUUUGCCCGCCUUGUUAGUCCCAGUGGUGGGGCAUUUGCAAAUUUUUUACUGCCCGGAGACCGGGCAUUUGCCAACCCCGGGGUCAACCCCGAGCUUUUGACACUCACGCGGUUUCCUAUCAGAAUAUAAGUACUUAGAGGAUUUUACUAAAAAAACAAGCAGAUUGGUUCAUCUGUCAAGGACGGGAAAAAAUUGAAGAGGUUUGUAAAGGCAUGUUCUCCAUUUUAUGCAUACAUUUCUUCAUUGCUUAUCAAGCCAGAAUUACAUAGGGGUAAAUGACCUCUUUCAAAAGUUAGAGUAGCCAAAUCGGAAGCUAUCGACGUGAAUCAACGUUGUUUGGUAUUUUUUUAAUCAAAUUUCUGUUGUUGUUAUUAUUUGAAGACCAUCCUUGCAUAUAUAUAAAACUAUUCAUAACAGCACAUUAUUAAUUUUAAUGUCAAUGACUUUAUAAGACCCUUAUAGCAAAAACCAUAAACUGGUGUCGUCACGGCGUGAAGUCUUCAUUAGAGUAGCACUAUUACAAAGGAAGACGUUAAUUGAAACAAAAAAUCGCACAUUAAAAUUAAAAAAAGGCUUAAAAUGGCACUCCUCGACUAUGCGAUCAAUGAAAAAUUUUACAGAGUUGUCGGAGGACGGGGCAUUUGCCCUCUUUUUUCGUCCCCAUCCCGGGGGAUUUGACAGCUCAAGAGUCCCCACCCCCGGGAAUUUGCCAUUCAAAGCCAAAAAAAUGCUUCUGCCCGGGGUUCACUUCUGCAGGUGGCCAGAAGAAAAGGUCAUGAUAUAGACUCCAUUUACCUGAAGUUGUGGGAAAGAAACCACUGCAACCAUCGAGAUUACCAAAAUCUGGCAAGAAAUGGGGCAGCGUCCUUUGACGCAAACUCGCUGAUCAAGAGCAUGGCACGUGACCAGAAGCGUGACCAACCUGCGUUGGUGUUCUAUGCACUUUUCGGAAAUGACGUGUGCACGUGUGAGGCGGACUUACACAAUAUGACAACCCCUGAGGAAAUGCACAAAAACGUGAUGGAAACACUGCGAAGUUUGGACAAACGCCUGCCGAAUGGGAGUCAUGUCAUUCUCUUAAGUCUUGCUGACGGUCGAUUCAUUUAUGAAACUGUUCAUAAGCACAUCCAUCCAGUUGGUGAGUUGAGAGGAGACUUAACAUACGAGAAUCUUUUCAACUUUUUGAACUGUCUGCAGAUUUCACCCUGCUUUGGUUGGCUGAAUUCUAAUGCGACCAUCAGAAAUGAAACUAGUGAACGAGCUGCUCGGUUGUCUGAAGUAUUGAAGUUUGUGGCCAAGACAACUAAGUUUGAAAAUUUUGAUGUCAAUUUCCUGAAUUUAUCCUUGGAGGAAUUAAUCGAGGUAAACAUUGAAAUGUUUUAAAGUUGCUGUCACGUUUUUUUUUAAAUAUUUCAACGCAGUGCAGACUCGUACCCAGUCGCUAUUUAAGUGUUUUUUGGGAUGAGACCCCGCGCACGCCUCAACCUAAUCCCCAAUCUUCUCUCAUCCCAAAACACACUUAAAUAGCGACUGGGUACGAGUCUGAACGCAGUGGGUUGAGGGAAACGUCAUUCUGAUCCACGACGCUGAGCAAAAGGGCCGAAGCUCUGGGAACGAGAAUGCAGCGGGGGAACGUGAAAAACAUCCCAAAGACGACGUGAGACGUGUUAAGGCAUUCCCCCCCGCCCCCCUCCUCUCUGUGACAAAAAACUAUUUUCUCUAGCAAAAGUAAGGAUAAAGCAGAACAUUUUUGUAUCUUUGCUACCGUUCGUUAUAUUAGCGGAAUCUCCGUAGUAAAGAACUGUUUGCAAGGUGAGUGGUUUCUGUAUUUGAAAGAGAAAAGAGAUGAGUGUAAAACAAUGGCGCUGUAUUUGUGACCAGACAUAAUUUAAUUCUGUUAUAUUCGCUGGCGUUGUUAGUAUGUUAGUCGUUUCACAAAAUAUGUUUUGUUACUCUCUUUUAGGAAUGGAAAUCUAAAGGUGGGGACGCUUUUGAAUUAUUUGAGCCAUUUGCUGGAUUUCAUCCUUCACUCAAGGCUCAAACGCUAGCAGCAGAGAUUAUCUGGCGGAAACUGGAAUCAAACAGCCCACAUGUGCUAGGAAAUAUCAACCCUUCAAAUGACAUGAUUAAGAAAGUAUUUGGCAAUCAAGGAGGGUAUUAAGGUGAGAUUAUGAUCAAGAAAGAGCAAGAAUUUGUAUAAUUUGUUUUGGCACAGUAACUGUUCAAGAAUUUGCUGAGUUGUGAGCCUUUAAUUUUCUUGGUGCUGCAAGAAACUUUGAGCCAGUCUGCGUUUGCCACUUAAAAAACGAGAAGGGAACUGGGCCGAGUUAACUUUUGCAAAGACCUCUGGGGAAAAAUUGACCUAUAGCUGACCGGCGCGUCCCCAGUAACUAUCCCAGAAACAAUUGCUGGUCACAUUGAUUUCGGCUCCAGUUCCCUUCUGGUUUCUAACUAGGACAAUUAUAUACAUAAUAAUCGAACAUUUUGACUUUUGGAUAAAAGUAAUAAUUCUCUAAACAUAAAAUGUAUACUUGCGCAAACAGAGUAUCCUUCUACCUUCCGAAUGAAAAGAUGUUCCAAUCUCUUCAAUUUAUUCUUAAUUAAUUGUGCAGUCCGUCUGGGCAGCAAAAAAAAUUAAGGAUUUUUCAAGUAGUAUUUGAGAUAUUUUUAGUCCACUUUUUUGAGGGGAAUCUCAUUAAUUUUCGGGAAAAGUAUUCAAUUAAAGUCGAUGAUGUCAUGAAUAAAAAUUUAAGUUCCACACACUGGUUUUGUUUCUGCGUUUGUUUCUAUUUCUCUUUUUUUUUUCUUCAUUUGUCGAGUAGAUAUUUCUGUCACAAAUACUUCGCCAAUUAUGUCUACACCCAUUCUCGACCAGAAUUGAGAUUGUCGAUCAAGAAAGGCAUACAAGUGAAUUCCACAACAAAACGUUUUGAGGGAAAAGACACGUUUCGAGACGCGCAUCAACCAUACCGCCCAUGAAAACGGUUUUCUUCUCCAAGUUUAAUACUUACAGUAUGACGUUAUUGACCUAGUCUUUUCGGUCAAGACGACUAGAUAUUGGGCAAUUUCUUUUUCUUGCUUUUUAUAAAUCGAGAGAAGUUAGAGGGAAAUCCUUGCUUUCUUGAACAAAGGAAGAAGUCUCGAGCAGCCUAUGUUAAGCACACCACUUUUUCGUUCUGCUGGUGGCCAAAGGUCC